AUGAACUCCGCAAGGGGAAGCAAAAAUCCUGGUGGAAUCAAUUUUGUGAAAAGUCAACAAAUCUCGGCGCGGAGUGUUGUGAAGCAGCCCGAACUCAAAACAAGAGAUGCAGACAAUUUAAAAGCUAUACAAAUAGUUACUGACAAAUCGAGACUUAAACCAAACACCCACAACACCACAGAUGUUAAAUUAAUUAAAGAGGAAACACACACCAUUAAAGAUGAAGAAAAACAAGAGGAGAUCAAAGAAGAAAUCAAAGAGGAAAUUAAUGAGGAAAUAAAAGAAGAAAUAGAAAGUGAUGAAAUUGAUAGUGAAGAAGCAUUAAGACGAGAGUUGGAAGAGUGUGAAGAAGAAGAUGGUGAUAAGAGUGAGGAAAUUGUGAGUGAAGUGAAUCCGAAUGGAAUGAUUAAACGGAAAUGGUAUGACGACGUCAUUUUUAAGAAUCAAGGAAAGAAGGAUGAUGUCAAGAAAAAGCGUUUUAUUAACGACACGAUCCGGAGCGAUUAUCACAAGGACUUUCUUGACCGAUUUGUGAAAUGA